UUUAUAUGCAAUUGCAAUUAGUUUACGAAGAUGUCAACAUUGUGGGGUAAGUCAGCAGUUCACUCCAGCAAUGCGUAGGGGGCCAGCUGGUCCAAGAACUCUUUGCAAUGCUUGUGGCCUUAUGUGGGCAAACAAGGGAACCUUGAGAGAUCUUACGAAGGGGGGAAGGACUAGUUCUUAUGAAAAUGAGUUGGGAAGCCUGGAUGAGAUGAAGCCUGUAGCUAUGCAACCAGAAAAUCAUUUGUUGACGCCAAAUGGGCAAUUGAACAAUGAGCAGUAUUUGUUGGAAAGAGAUGAUACAAAUCAUUUGCCCAUCGAAGUGGAGAAUUCAUUGAUGAACCUUGAUGAGGAGCAGGACUUGCAGGACACAGUGGAUGAGCUUGCGGAUGCUUCAGGAUCAGAUUUUGAAAUCCCUUCUCAUUUCAAUGCUCAGGUUGAUGUUGACGGUUCCAAUUUGGUAACUGACUGGCCGGAGACUUGAGAUCGUGCCAUGUGUUUGCGACAUUGUGCACUUGCUAGUAAGAUCAAGGCAGUCUGCUAAAUAUUAAAUACCUAAAGAUAGUUUGUCUAUAGACACAGAAUAGACGUAUAUUUUGUUGUAGCUUGUUCAGUUAAUAUAAUGUGAAUAAAAUCCUGAAACUUUUAUCUGAAAUUUUUUGUUCCGAGUGAAUUCAAUUUGGAUUAGUUGCACAUAUAUAGUCAUCACAAUCGAUUGAUUUUGGUCUUAAUAAGAUGUCUAUUUAGUACAUUGUUUAAUUUUCAGUAUUCUUCACAUUGUCAUACUUUUGGAUUCUCAUGGA